ACUACGAGCCUCGACAGCUGAGAAUCCUCGUUCAGGAGGGGCUUUUUAAGAUUACCAGUGUGAAGGAUCAAAUGCUCAUGGCAACCAUUUUUUACGAUAUUUUCAAAGCUAUCAGGUGGCUGUUUGAAAAGGCCGGGACACUGCAUCGUGAUAUUAGCUACUCAAAUGUGAUGUACCGUUCUCGGAACGGAACAAUCUGCGGAGUCCUUAACGACUUUGACUUGGCAAGUACCAAAACACAAUCUAAACCUACAUCGAAGCAACGCACAGGCACCAAGCCCUACAUGACCAUAGAUCUACUCUAUGGUGAUGAUCCGGAGCAUUUGUAUCGACAUGACCUGGAGUCUCUUCUCUAUGUCAUGAUUCGGCAUGCAGGCCGUUUCGACGACCAAGGUCAUGUGGUGGAAAACCCUCUCUUCCAAGAAUGGGACGAAGAAGGGACAAGGCAACUAUAUAAGACGAAACAUACAUUCAUAACGUCUACGCCGAAAUGGGACGAAUACCUGACUGGCCGGUAUUUGGCAGCAUUCGGACCAUGCUUUUUCCAUCUGCACCUGAUGUUUCGCAAAGGCUUCGGCUCUCGUGAUGAUGCACAAGCAACACAUACCUUCCAUAGCACUCCUUGUGCUUGUGCUCCAUUUGACGAGUUAACCCUGGGUGAUAACGUAACUUUUGAUAAAUAUGACGAUAUCCUUAGCAAACUAGUAUCGCAGUCAAAGUAGGGGUGCUUCCGAUAAAUGAUCUAAUGUAAAUACUUGUUCCAUUUAAAGCUACUUUUGACUUUGUAA